UCCUGUUUUAUUUGGAGACAUCGAGCAGGUUUCUAGCUUAAGAGAAGGGAGUGAUCUACUUUUUGGGAUCGAACUGCAGUUUUUCAAAUGACUUCAGAUGCUCAACCUUUCCUAUAUGAUAUUGGAAAAAGAACUGAUUAUGUGGGCCUUGGACAUGAAGAGCAAGUGGAGCACAUCAAGGCAUAUGUUUGCAAACCAUCUUCUGUUACGGACAAAGCUGUGAUAGUGAUUCAUGACAUAUAUGGAUGGCAAUUCCCAGACAUUAGAUACAUAGCUGAUCUAGUGGCAGCUGCGGGAUACGUAGCUAUCUGCCCAGACUUUUUUCUGGGAAAAAAACCUUGGACAUCCGCUGAUCACUGGGCUGAGUUUCGUGACUGGUUGAAAGAUCGCGAUCCCACAAAAGUGGAUAGGGAAGCUGAUGUUGUCUUGAAGUAUCUAAAGGAGCAAUGCAGUGCAAAGAAGAUCGGUGUCGUUGGGUUUUCCUGGGGUGGAAUGGCUGUACAUCACUUGAUGCUGAAAAAUCCUGAAUUAAAGACUGGGGUGUCCCUCUAUGGAAUAAUCAGGGACUCUGAUGACAGAUAUAAUUUGCUGAACCCGACGUUUUUUAUUUUUGGGGAAAAAGAUCACACCAUUUCGUAUGACCAAAUCAUCUUACUGGAGAAGAAACUGAAACAGUACUGUCAAGUUGAAUAUAGAAUUAAAGUUUAUCCUGGACAAGUUCAUGGCUUUGCAGAGUUAAAGCCAGAAGAUAUGAAACCUCGAGAUAAACCUUACAUUGAAGAAGCAAGAAAGGAUAUGAUGAACUGGCUGAAAACAUAUGUUUAA